AUGGCAGGGCCCAAUUCACACCCGCCCCAACACCAACCCGCACCCACAGCCUCGCACUCACAAACACCCGGUCUACGCGCCUCGCGCCUGCACCAAGUCUUCGAUCAAGCACUGGCGCGCACGCUGCGUGCAAACUCAUAUUCCAACUUCGCUGGUUGUUUCCCCACUCCGGCGCGGCAUGUCCCUGCUAGUCUGGAGAGUGUGUGGAGGCAGUUGAACGCGAAGCUGGAGGAGAGCGCUAAGGCGGAGUUCGAGGAGAUUAUUGAGGAGCGGCAGGCUGUGAGGCACUUGAAUGAGUUGGAUCGGUUGGUUGAGGAAGCGAAGGCGAGGAGGGAGAGUGGGAGUGCCGCCGAGAAUGGAAACGGGCAGCAGCAGCAGCAGCAGCUUGGCAAUGCCCCGCACACCCUCGGCGCGGAAGAACUCUACACGGCGCACCUGACGCCGUACCUGCAGGAAGCACAGUCGACGCUGAAUAGCAGGCUCGAGGAGACACAUGCGCAGAAUGCGAAGUUGGCGCAAACGGUGCAGGCGCAGAGGCUGGAAAUUGAGACCCUCUUGGCGCACCUUGAGUCCGUUGUCACAGAUAUCGAGGGCGCUGCUACGGCGGCUACGGAGUUCAGCAAGGAGCACCAUAUUCGCCAAGACGCGGUCCAAAUGGAUGAGGAAGUCAAUGCUCGGCCGGGGAUAUAA